AAAGCAGAGAACAUGUUCAUGUUAAUGUUAUUGUUAUUCACUUAGUGUUAGUGUUACACUUACAGACUAAAAUAUAUACACCAUAUUAUAACUCUGAACAUCGAUUGUUUGCACACUAGUGCUCAAGAUGCAAUGUUCAUAUGCUGAUGCCAGGAUGAGUAUGGGCUUAUUUAUUGUCCUUUGCCUUUCAUUUGAAAUCAAGCAGAUAACUUCAUUGAAGCAAAGUGAUGAUCAAAGAAAUGCAAAUACAGCAACACCGUCUUCGACAUGUUCAAGUGCUUGCACUGUAAUGAUGCCACCUACAGACUCCAGAUACCGCUGCUGGGAGAACAACCUUCAGUAUUUUACUGACCAACUGCUUGAGUCCAUUUACAACUACACAAGUAUCAUAAGUCACAUUGAGGCCUAUAAGAGCUUACAUUCUACCACCACUGAGCAGGAGAUGACUAAGGAGUACUGGUCUGCCAUAAAUAAAACUGUGAAACGAAACGAAGGACCGUAUGGAAAUGAAGAUUUAGUAGUCAUAUUCGAAAUCAUUUUAGAGAAGACGCGGAUAACGGCAAAUCGGACGGACUUCCGCGAAUUUCACCACAACUGUCCGCUGCCGCUGGACUACGUGAACAACCUAUGGUACUGGCUAGUGGCCGGCUUCGGCGUAAUCUCUGUACUCAUCUUCGUGGCCAUGUUAUUGUAUGCACGGGAAAUGAGAGCAGAAUCUAAACAACUUCGCCUGCUGUACAACAAGGAGGCGAUGUACUGAGGCACGUGUGUUAUGUUAGACAGCGCCCCUACAUUUAGAUGGCUAUAUCAGUAACGACCCUCUACAGUAAAGUGGUACCAUGACACCUAGUGGCCGGUGAAUGAGAUAACGACUCUCUUUCACAUGUCGUUUGUACCAGUGCUAUCACUUAGUAGUGCUUUGUGGGGUAAAGGGCCAGCAUAGAGCAUAUAUAACGAUUGGUGAUACUUUUGUUGAAGUGCUGCUAAUUUAAUAAGUACUCUACGUGGUUGCAUUUUUGCGAAGCUUUCUUAAGCUAUGUAACUUGCAUAUACGGGUCACUUUGAAGAUGGUCAUUUUAUUGAUGGUUGGAUACUGAGUGAUACUGUGCAAGUAAGUAUGCUGCAUAUUUAUAUGUGAAUGUGUGCUUGGAAAACUGCCCAGAGUAAUACAUGUGCCAGCAGGCACCCUCUGCAGUGAUCUGUGCGUCAGCACGCGCCCUCUGCAGUGAUCUGUGCAUCAGCAGCGCGGCCCUCUGCAGUGAC